AGCGGUUCCAAGGCUGGUGCGCGUGGGCCAGGUUUUCACUGCUUACUGAGCACCGUAGCGGGAGCUGUCGGCAUCUCUAGACCUCGCCAUGGGCGACGAGGACUCCUCGGGCUCCAGUGCCUCCUUACCGAAGUACCUGGAGCACCUCUCUGGGGAUGGCAAGGCCAUCGGUGUCCUGACCAGCGGCGGGGAUGCUCAAGGUAUGAACGCUGCUGUCCGUGCUGUGGUGCGCAUGGGAAUAUACGUGGGGUCCAAAGUGUACUUUAUAUAUGAGGGUUACCAAGGCAUGGUGGAUGGAGGCUCCAAUAUUGUGGAAGCCAAGUGGGAGAGUGUCUCCAGCAUUCUGCAAAUCGGUGGGACGAUCAUCGGGAGUGCCCGUUGCCAAGCCUUUCGCAGCCGGGAAGGGCGUCUGAAAGCUGCCUGUAACUUGGUGCGUUUGGGCAUCACCAACCUGUGCGUGAUCGGCGGGGACGGAAGUCUCACGGGAGCCAACAUCUUCCGGAAGGAGUGGAACGGACUUCUGGAAGAGCUUGCUGAGAAUGGCGAGAUCGAUGAAGAUGCAGUUCAGAAGCAUUCCCACCUCAACGUGGUAGGCAUGGUGGGCUCCAUUGACAAUGACUUCUGUGGCACAGACAUGACCAUUGGUACAGAUUCGGCUCUGCACCGAAUUAUUGAAGUUGUUGAUGCCAUCAUGACCACUGCCCAGAGCCACCAGAGAACCUUCGUCCUAGAGGUGAUGGGGAGACAUUGUGGUUACUUGGCCUUGGUGAGCGCCUUGGCUUGUGGUGCCGACUGGGUGUUCCUUCCAGAGUCUCCACCAGAGGAAGGUUGGGAGGAAAGCAUGUGCUUGAAACUCUCUGAGAACCGUGCCAGGAAAAAGAGGCUGAAUAUUAUCAUUGUGUCUGAAGGAGCAAUCGAUAGCCAAAAUAAGCCAAUCAGCUCUGAAAAAGUCAAGGAGCUUGUGGUGAAGCAGCUGGGCUUUGACACCCGGGUGACCAUUCUUGGACAUGUGCAACGAGGAGGGACACCUUCUGCAUUUGACAGGAUUUUGGCCAGCCGCAUGGGGGUGGAAGCUGUCGUUGCCUUGCUGGAGGCUACCCCUGAGACCCCAGCUUGUGUGGUGUCGUUGAGAGGAAACCAAGCUGUGCGCCUGCCUCUGAUGGAGUGUGUGCAGAUGACCCAGGAUGUACAAAAGGCAAUGGAUGAGAGGAGAUUUACAGAAGCCGUAAAACUCCGAGGGAGGAGUUUUGAGGGAAACCUGAAGACCUACAAACGUCUUGCCAUAAAGUUGCCUGAUGACAAGAUCCCCAAGAGCAAUUGCAAUGUGGCUGUCAUCAAUGUGGGGGCACCUGCUGCUGGAAUGAAUGCAGCUGUGCGCUCUGCUGUUCGAGUCGGGAUUGCAGAUGGUCACAAGAUGUUUGCCAUCUAUGAUGGCUUUGAUGGCUUCGCCAAAGGCCAAGUGAAAGAAAUCACCUGGGGAGAUGUCGGAGGUUGGACUGGACAAGGAGGGUCCAUUCUCGGAACAAAACGCACCCUACCUGGAAAGUACUUGGAAAAGAUCGCCGAACACAUUCGUUCCUACAGUAUCAAUGCGCUUCUGAUCAUUGGUGGAUUUGAGGCUUUCCAUGGUGCGGCCAUGCUGGCUGAUGCUCGAAACAGCCACGAGGAGUUUUGCAUCCCAGUAUGUGUCUUGCCUGCCACUGUUAGUAACAGUGUCCCUGGUACGGAAGUAUCUAUCGGUACUGACACUGGCCUGAAUGUGGUUGUCCAGACAUGCGACCGAAUCAAACAGUCGGCCAGUGGGACCAAGCGCCGGGUGUUCAUCAUUGAAACGAUGGGAGGAUACUGUGGCUACCUGGCCAACAUGGGUGCUCUUGCUUCGGGAGCCGAUGCUGCCUACAUCUUUGAAGAACCAUUUGAUAUCAGAGAUUUACAGUCCAACGUGGAACACUUGAGAGACAAAAUGAAGACCAGUAUUCAGAGGGGCCUUGUACUCAGAAACGAAAGCUGCAAUGUAAACUACACCACUGACUUCAUUUACCAGCUCUACUCAGAGGAAGGCAAAGGAGUGUUUGACUGCAGGAAAAACGUGCUGGGCCACAUGCAGCAGGGGGGAUCACCUUCUCCAUUCGACAGAAACUUUGGGACAAAAAUCUCUGCCAGAGCUAUGGAGUGGAUCACGGAGAAACUGAAGGGGUCCCAAGGCACAGGGAAAAAAUUUGUUAGUGAUGAUUCCGUUUGUCUCCUGGGAAUAAGAAAAAGAGACCUCCUGUUUCAACCAGUGGUGCAACUGAAGAAAGAAAGUGAUUUUGAGCACCGGAUCCCCAAGCAGCAUUGGUGGCUGAAACUGCGGCCUCUCAUGAAGAUCUUGGCCAAGUACAAGGCGAGCUAUGACGUAUCUGAUUCAGGCAAGCUGGAGCCCUUGCAACACAAUCAGGGCACCUCAUUUGGAGAACCGGCAGCCAUCUGAUCAAGCAUGCUAUCACCUGACCUGCACACUUGUCUAAGGAAGCCUGUAACGUUCCCCGGGGACCAUGCUUUUUGUAACAUAGUUAUUUAUCAGCACUUUAUGCAAGUAUUGUUGACCAAGUAUUGCCAGCAGUGAUAAUCAGAGAGCACCACUUGCCAUAACCACUGAGAAAUGAAAUCCAGCCUCAUGCCCUUGAUCAGGUGUCAGUUUUCUACUGUACUGGGUACUGUCAUGUGCAUCACCAUGUAUGUAUCUUGUGGAAUUAAAUAUUUGGUUACAACUCC